GCUGGCUCCAGGGGAUUGUCAACGCUUCUUUGAGGGAGGGUGUUGUUCCCACCGCCUUGAAAGAGGCGGUGGUGAGGCCUCUCCUCAAGAAGCCCUCCCUGGAUCCAGCUGUUUUGGGCAACUACCGUCCAGUCUCCAACCUUCGCUUUGUGGCGAAGGUUGUUGAGAGUGUGGUGGCACAUCAGUUACCCCAGUACCUGGAUGAAUCUGUCUAUCUAGACCCGUUCCAGUCCGGCUUUUGACCCGGGUACAGCACGGAGACAGCUUUGGUCACGUUGGUGGAUGACCUCUGGAGGGCCCGGGACAGGGGUUAUUCCUCUGCCCUGGUUCUCCUAGAUCUCUCGGCGGCUUUUGAUACCAUCGACCAUGGUAUCCUGCUGCGACGGUUGGAGGGACUGGGAGUGGGAGGCACCGUGUUUCGGUGGUUCUCCUAUCUCUCCGACCGAUCGCAGACGGUGUUGGCAGGGGGGCAGAGAUCAACCUCGAGGCGCCUCCUUUGUGGGGUGCCACAGGGGUCGGUUCUCUCGCCUCUCCUGUUCAACAUCUACAUGAAGCCGCUGGGUGAGGUCAUCAGUGGUUUUGGGGUGAGUUACCAACUGUACGCGGAUGACACCCAGCUGUACAUUUCCACCCCUGACCACCCCAAUGAAGCUGUCGAAGUGCUGUCUCGGUGUUUGGAGGCCGUACGGGUCUGGAUGGGGAGAAACAGGCUCAAGCUCAACCCCUCCAAGACUGAGUGGCUGUGGAUGCCGGCAUCCCGGUACAGUCAGCUGCAACCGCGGCUGACUGUUGGGGGCGAGUCAUUGGCCCCGAUGGAGAGGGUGCGCAAUCUGGGUGUUCUCCUGGAUGGACGGUUGUCUUUUGAAGAACACUUGGCGACCGUCUCCAGGAGAGCUUUUUACCAGGUUCGCCUGGUCCGCCAGUUGCGCCCCUUUCUAGACCGGGAUGCCUUAUGCACGGUCACUCACGCCCUCGUCACUUCUCGCCUGGACUACUGCAAUGCUCUCUACUUGGGGUUCCCCUUGAGGUGCACCCGGAGACUACAGUUGGUUCAGAAUGCGGCCGCGCGGGUGAUAGAGGGAGCCACUCGUGGCUCCCAUAUAACACCGAUCCUGCGCAGGCUGCAUUGGCUACCUGUGGUUUUCCGAGUGCACUUCAAGGUGUUGGUUACCACCUUUAAAGCGCUCCAUGGCAUAGGACCGGGAUAUCUUCGGGACCGCCUUCUGUUACCACAUGCCUCCCACUGGCCGGUACGCUCCCAUAGAGAGGGUCUUCUCAGGGUGCCGUCAGCCAAACAGUGUAGGCUGGCGACCCCCAGGGGGAGAGCCUUCUCUGGGCGCACCUACCCUCUGGAACGAGCUUCCCCCAGGACUUCGACAACUUCCUGACCUCCGGACCUUUCGCCGUGAGCUGAAGACAUAUCU